ACUUUAAACCCUACGACGAGUACGCCACAAAGAUGUUUGUGGCAGAGGACGGGGACCACGAUGGACAGUUGUCCAUCGCAGAAUCUGUGGCUGCCUUUAGGCGCUAUGAUGCCAAUGGAGACAGCAAAAUUUCACGGACAGAAUAUGCCUGCUUCCAGCGUGACCUACAUCCGGGAUUAGGAGACUUUGCGCAUGCGUUGUAUGAUGAAUACAGAAUUCAAAUGGAGAUGACCUCUUGGAUGAUCAUGACAUCCGGUCAUUCUAUGGGGAAAAUGGAUUUAGACGGAAACUUUCAAGUGGGACAAGUCGAGUUUGUAACUUUCUGGGAAAAGAUCUUCAAAAAAUACGAACAUUAUCACGUGAACGGUGCACAUCACCCGGCCAACACGCACGCAUGCGCUCAUGGAAACUAAACGGAGUUACACGAAGCUAUAAAUGUGUCAUUUCAGGUCAUAGAGAAUUUGUGAGGAAUUUUUGUUCUGUAAGGGUUCGUAUCCAUUGUAACCACGUCACUGUAUGGACGUAUGGUGUGGUUUGGAUGGUUGGUGCCCUCAGUAGAAUAAUAUGCGCCACAACAAUACAUUAUUAAUUUUCAGAU